AUGGGAAGGAGGGACGAGGUGAAGGGGAAAACAGGGCCGGAGCGCCGGGACGGCGCGAGAGACGGGAGGUCGGGCCUUCAGGCGCAGAGCUGCGAGCCGGACGGCAGCAGACCGGGGCGGAGGCCGUGCGCCGGGGCGGCGCGACGCGGGCAUCAGCGCCGGCGGUCGGGCCGGCAGACGCGCGCGGGAGGGCGGGCCGGGCGACGUGCAGAUAGCGACUGCUUUCCUGAAGCCGGCGCGCGGUGCCGCACGACGUCCGCGAGGGGACCCCUGCGCACCCUGCUGGCCGCACGCACCCGUCCAUUACAACCUCAGCCAAUGCCACCGCCUAGGCCUGCCGCAAGCCGCGGUCCGCGCCGCGCGCGCGCCGCGGCUUCCGGGCCGCAGGCCCGUCCAGGGAUAUGGUGGUUGGGGCGGGCCGUUCGCCUCCGGCCCGCAGCCUGGUUAGAAUCUCGCUACACCUCCUAUCUAUCUCCAUCACGCCUCCUCGACUCCAUACCUCAACAACACCAACAUUCCCCAACACCUCUCGAUACAAGUAGAAUAACCAUAUUCUUCAUCCGUUAUGUCAACACCAUCAUCAAUUAUACGCAAAUACUUACCUCAACACCAGCCCUUAAUACCAGCCCUCAAAGCAGCCCCCAACACCAGCCCUUAAAACCAGCCCCCAACACCAGCCCUCAACACCAGCCCCCAACACCAAUCCCAAUACCAAUCCCUACACCAGUCCCAACACCAGCCCCCAACACCAUCUCUCAACACCAAUCCCCAACUCCAGCCUUCAACACCAGCCCCCAACACCAGCCCUCAACACCAGCCCCCAACACCAAUCCCAACACCAGCCCCCAACACCAGCUCUCAACACCACCCCCCAACACCAGCCCUCAACACCAGCCCUCAACACCAGCCCACAACACCAGCCCCCAACACCAGCCCCAACACCUGCCCCCAACACCAAUCCCAAUACCAAUCCCUACACCAGUCCCAACACCAGCCCCCAACACCAGCCCUCAACACCAGCCCCCAACACCAGCCCUCAACACCACCCCCCAACACCAGCCCUCAAAACCAGCCCUCAACACCAGCCCUCAACACCAGCCCCCAACACCAGCCCUCAAAACCAGCCCUCAACACCAGCCCUCAACACCAGCCCUCAACACCAGCCCUCAACACCACCCCCCAUCACCAGCCCUCAAAACCAGCCCUCAAAACCAGCCCUCAACAUCAGCCCACAACACCAGCCCCCAACACCAGCCCUCAACACCCACGCCACUUCCAGCUAGACCAGUUCACCUGCUCACGCGUUCCAGAGUCCCACCAUCGGGAGGCACUUUGUGUGAAGAAGUGUGA